UUCUCAUUCCGGUCAGAGUAUACGAAGUGUGAAUAAAAUUGAAGUUUUAAAGUUUUAGAUGUGUUCGAUCUAGUUGGUUUGGAAACUUUUAAUAAGCGUUUUCCCUAAUUGACUAUAACAGAGAAUUAUCAUUUCUUUUUGUAAUUGAUCAAAUGCACUUGAAGGAUACGAUGAAGAUCAAAGCCAGCGUGCCACUGUUUAUGCCUAAACCCUUGAACGAACAGCUGACGGAUAUUGCCAAGUAUUUCAAAAAUGAGCUGAAAGCGGACAUCGUGGUACCCGUGGCGGAUCGCGACACGGACGAGGGUCCGCCGACGGCCUCCACGUCCGAUCUCAUCCUCACUCUCUUCAGUCUGGUGGAAAAUGUCAGUCUCACCAAUAGACUCGCGCAAGAGAACAUGGUGGAAUCUUUAUUGAAUGGGAUUUUGGCGUGUGUAUUAUUCAUUGAAGUUCCCGAGGAGACAAGGGAGAAAUUAGCCACUAUGUUGGCCAAUAAACUCGCCGAUAUCAGUGGAGAAAAUGGGAACAAAUUUGCGGUCGUCCGAUUACGAGUUUUGUCGACUUUAUUUUACGGAUUGCCGGAAUCUUCCGAUCUGCGUUUCACGCCAUAUUGUCGCAUGCUGGAAUUAGCAUCCGGUUGCUCGCUCCUUCAUCGCGUGGUUACGGAUCCCAUCAAAGUUAAAGAGUGGAUGAAAAGCUGGAAAUUGGAUGAUAGUCGUGUUCGUGCUGUGUGGCGUAUACUGCACGCAGCACUGCUGAAAGCCGAGGAGAACACAAAAGCUUCGCGAGUUAUGGUAGAGUUGUUGAAAACUUUCACACUGGAAACCGCUGGUGAAGCCAAGGAAGAAGCGUUUCAGUGUGUGCGUGACGCUAUCGCUGACCCGUAUGCAGUUUCGCUCGACCACCUUACCCAUCUGAAACCAGUACAAGGGUUGCGUGGCCAGCCGAUUUUUGAUCUGCUUAACGUUUUUGUUGCCGGAAACGUGAGCGAGUAUAUGCAUUUCCGUACUAAAAAUCCCGAUGCACUGCAGAAAAUAGGUCUAUCGCAUGAUGACAACUUACGGAAAAUCCGCUUAUUGACUUUCUUAAACAUGAGCCGCGGUCAGCAGGAGAUUGUUUAUGCCGAAAUCGCCAAGCAGUUGCACUUGGACGCCGGGGAAACGGAGGCGGAUAAGGUGCGCAAGGUGGAGGAAGUGGAGAAUUUUAUCAUCGAAGCACUGAAAACCCGGCUGAUCUCGGGUAAGAUGGACGCCGCCCAUCAGCGCUUCCGCGUGACAACGUGCAUGGAGCCGUCCUUCUCCAAAGUAAAAUGGGUGGAGCUGCGAGACGGUCUCAGCGUUUGGCAGCAGCAGGUCCGCCACAUGAAACGCAUGCUGGCCUCCGUCACCAAUCCGGACGGCAAUUUGGCUUGAUGAUGAUUUGUAUACAAACGUUCAAAACCAAUGUUUUCCGUUCGGUUUUAAUAUGAGCCCGUUUACAUCGUAUGCGCAACGAACGGGAAUGACAGUUUUUAUGAUAAUGAAUUUAUAAGUGUUCAGGUAGUGUUAUUCGUUCGGUUGAUGGUAUUUAAUAAAUUCUCAUGCUAUUUUAUGAAGAAAAUGGUUU